AACUUCACUCUCUUCGCCGGUCAACACGUACACAUCCACAACAAAUCAAUCCAACACCGCUCACCAAUAACAAUCAAUCUGCAAAUCCCACAGAAUCAUGGCGUCGUCGCUAGCUCUCAGGAGAGGAGCCACCACCGCCAUCUUCAACAGGCUCGUCAACCCUAUCCGCUCUGUUUCCGCCGCUGCUCGAUCCUUCACCGCCGAUGCCGAGGGGACCCGCUGCGGCGGCGACGGGAGCGUCGACGUCCAACACCGUCCCGGCAGCUCCUCCAUCGCCCGCCGCGCUGAUGACGACGAGCGGAGCCUCGACGUCGACCACCGCGGCGGCGGGACUGGGCGCGCUGUGUCUCGCCGCCGUGAUCCUUUUACGAGCUUAUUCUCAGGUAAUGUGUUGGAUCCUUUCUCUCCAACAAGGAGCUUGAGCCAAAUCCUGAACCUAAUGGACCAAUUCCUGGACGAUCCAUUCGUAGCAGCAUCACGAGGAAUGGGAGCGGGAUCGAGGAGAGGAUUCAACGUGAAGGAAGACGACAACGCUCUAUACAUGAGAAUCGAGAUGCCAGGACUUGACAAGGAAGAUGUGAAGGUGGUUGUGGAGGGGAACACUCUGGUCAUUAUAGGAGAAGGUAAGAAAGAAUCAGAGGAUGAUGAUGUCGCACCAAGGUAUUCGAGCAGGAUUGAUUUGCCUCCCAACUUGUACAAGAUAGAUCAGAUCAAGGCCGAGAUGAGGAAUGGUGUGCUGAAGAUUGUGGUGCCGAAAGUGAAGGAAGAAGAGAGGAAGAAGUUUGAGGUUAAUGUGGAGUGAGUACUAAGGGAUGGUUGAGAUGGUUGGACGAUACCGGCUCUGUUCUGUAGUUGUAGUAAGAGUUGGUUUCUAGGUUUAUGGUUGCGCAAGUUUUUGUGUUUUCAGGGUGUGUAGUACAAAGAGUUAUGAAUAAAACGAAGUUUGCAAAGAGUUAUGAAUAAAAUGCAACUAGCGCGGGAGGACUCAAAUAACUCUCCUCUCAUAGGCCUCUCUUUUUGUGACAAAGAGGCAUUUCAAGAAGUAACUUCCCGUGGUAUAGUUGAAGGUUUCUCUUUAUAUAUAAGGUGUUACAAAAAAUUUAACACAUUUUUUU